AUGCUGGACACUACCCAAAAUUACAAUAUUGCUAUACUAGCUUUACAAGAGGUUAGAUGGCCUGGUGAAGGAAACAUAAAAAAGGACGAUAAAACAAUUUUCUAUAGUGGUAACAGAAACGGAAAGUACGAAAAUGGAGUAGGAUUUGCAGUAAGUGAGCCUAUCUUAACACAUGUCAAAACAUUUCAAGCAAUAAAUGAACGCAUAUGCUACAUACGAUUAACAGGACACAUAUUUGACAUAGUAAUAAUUAACUGCUACGCACCAACGGAAGAAAAAGGAGAGGAUAUCAAAGAAAGUUUUUACGAAGAACUAGAUAGAGUAUGGGAUUUAAUACCCAAUUACUGUGUUAAAAUUGUACUUGGAGACUUAAAUGCUAAAGUGGGAAGAGAGGAGAUGUACCAACCAACCAUAGGUCGAGAAAGUCUCCAUGACAAAAGUAAUGACAAUGGCACACGCUUAAUUAACUUCUGUAUGACUAAUGGAUUGACCCUAAGUAGCACAUACUUCCCCAGAAAAGACAUUUAUAAACAAACAUGGAUAGCACCAAAUCGAGUGGUAAAGAACCAAAUAGACCAUAUAAUGAUACAAAAUAAACAGAAAGGAUACAUACAAAAUGUCAGAAGCUAUAGGGGUGCCGAUGCAGACUCUGAUCACUAUUUAGUCAUAGCAAGAUUCGCAUUAAGACUUUCAGAAAAAAGAAGAACAACCAAUAUAAAAUCAUCAAUAAAAUACACUAUUGAAAAACUUAGAGAAGAACAGAUACACGAGUUUUAUAGACAAACCACACAUGAUGAAAUAUUAAAAUUAAUAACUGAAAGUAAUGAAGAAAAUAUAGAACAUACAUGGAAAAAUAUACAAACGACAGUUACAGAAGGAGCAAAAAAGUGCUUAGGAAUAUGCAAAAAUACUAAAAAGAAACCCUGGUUUAAUGCGAAUUGCAAAGAAAUUAUAGAUAAAAGAAAUAAAUUACGAGAAAUCGCACUAAAACAUCCUACAAAUGAAAAUAUAGAACAAUACACAGCAAGUAGAAAAGAAGCUAAUAAAAUACUAAGAAAAGAAAAAAGACUAGAAGAGAAAAGAAAGAUCGAAGAAAUGGAAAAUAACAGAUAUAACCCUAAACAAUUUUUCAAUACUAGUAAUACUAUUAAGCAAAGUUUUAAACAACAAACAUUAAUGAUAAAAAAUCAAGUAGGAGAGCUGGUCACAAAUAAAAGGGAGGUUGCAGAAGAGUUCAAAAGCUAUUUUGAUAAACUACUUAAUAAUACAACUAUUAGAACAAAUGAACACACAAAUAUGCAAUAUAGUACAGUGGAGCCAUACAUUAGCUCGCCCUCGAGAUCGGAAAUCAACGCAGCGAUUAAUAGACUGAAAAAUAAUAAGGCACCUGGAGAAAACCACAUAGUAGCAGAACUAGUGAAAAAUAGCGGAGAAGCAGUGAAAAAUGAAAUGUGGAAACUGAUCAACAUAAUUUGGGAAAAACAACAGAUACCUGAAGAAUGGAAUACAGCCAUAAUCUGUCCAAUAUUUAAGAAAGGAAAUAUACUAGAAACAAAAAAUUACCGAGGAAUCUCCCUUUUAGAUACCUGUUACAAAAUACUAUCUUCAAUCCUAUUAGAGAGGUUAACUCCCUUUGCUGAAGAAAUCGUUGGAAGAUACCAAUGUGGUUUCAGAAAAGGUAGAUCAACAACAGAUCAAAUUUUCAUUCUCAAACAAGUAAUGGAAAAACAUUACGAAUUUAAUAAAGACUUAUACAUGGUAUUCAUCGACUACAGGCAGGCAUACGAUAGUAUACAUAGAGAAGAGUUAUGGAAAGCCAUAAUUAGCUUUGGUAUCCCAAAGAAAUACGUUGAUAUGGUAAAACUCUGCAAUGCCAAGACCAUGUGUAAAGUAAAAUUUUUAGGAGAGCUGUCAUCGGAAUUCGAAAUUAACUCAGGACUACGGCAAGGCGAUGCCUUGUUCCCUGACACUAUUCAAUAUAGGUUUAGAGAAGGUCAUAAGAGAAUUAACACAUAG